AUGCUCACCUGGCUGGGGGUCCUACUCGCUGCUGUGUGCGUCCUGAGCCUGGGGGUCAACGCCUGGGUGCUCAGGGAGCACUGUCUCACCACCGAAAUCCCAUCUACCAUCAGCCACCCGCUGAAGCUCUGGACUCUGUUCUACGGGCUCCUGCUCUUACUAACAUGGGGGGACAUUUUUGAGAAGCUAGGAAUUUGCACUAUGUUUAAAUUUAUCCGCUUUUUACACGACCUACUGCCGAUAAGAAUGGACCCCCAGGUGGCGGUGACCAACCUGCGUUUCGGCUCGGUGCCCGUGAGGCUUUUCCAGCCCACGGCCCCGUCCUCUGGCCCCCGGCGAGGCAUCAUCUUCUACCACGGAGGGGGCACCACGUUUGGGAGUCUGGAUUUAUUCCACAACCUGUGCAGCUUUCUGGCCCGGGAGACCGAUUCUGUGCUGCUCUCAGUUGGGUACCGCAAGCUUCCCGACCACCACAGCCCCAUCAUCAUGAAAGACUGCCUGAACGCCUCCAUCCACUUCCUGAAGGCGCUGGGCACCUACGGGGUGGACCCCGCCCGAGUAGUGCUCUGUGGAGAGAGCGUUGGAGGCGGGACUGUGGCCAUGGUCACCCAGAGCUUGGUGGGGCGCUCGGAUCUCCCCCGGAUCCGGGCUCAGGUCCUGAUUUACCCCAUUGCCCAGGCUGUCAAUCUGCAGCUGCCGUCCUUCCAACAGAACCAAAAUGUCCCAUUCCUGACUCGCAAGUUUAUGGCCAGGUUAGUGUGUAAUUAUAUGACCAUACACCACUCCUGGCAUCAUGCACUCGUGACGGGGUCUUUCAUACCCCCGGAAGCCUGGAGCAAGUACAAGAAGUGGCUCAGCUCAGACAAUAUCCCCAAGAGAUUCAAGACCAAGAGCCACCAGCCCAGCUUCCCCGCCCCUUUCAACGAGGCCGCCUACCUGGAGAUGAAGCACCUUCUGGACGUCGAAAACUCGCCCAUCCUAGCAGAAGACGAGGUCAUCGCUCAGCUCCCCGAGGCCUUCGUGGUGAGCUGCGGGAAUGACAUCCUUCGAGACGACGCCCUGCUCUACCGGAAGCGCCUGGAGGACCAGGGCGUCCCUGUGACCUGGCACCACGUGGAGGAUGGCUUCCACGGGUCUGUGAUCUUGUUUGAUAAGAAGCAUCUCUCGUUCCCGUGCUCCCAGGAAAUUAUGAAUGCCGUGGUCUGUUACAUAAAGGGCAUCUGA